UGCCGUGCGCAUUGCCCGCUGUGAGGUUCAUCGUGGAUCACUCCGUCGACGAAAACAUCCGAAACCUCAAAUGAACGUUUCGCUGGCGAGAAGCUUGCAUACCAGCGGCACGCUUCUGAAGGAAACCCCGCGGAAUCUGAAGAAUAAGAAGCACAGCUCACAGCUGUGGCUGGAGAGGCAGUUGCGCGAUCCCUACGUGGAGAAGGCAAAGCAGGAGAAGUACAGGUGCAGAAGCGCGUUCAAACUGCUGGAGAUCAAUGAGAGAUUCAAGAUCCUCAGCCCGGGUCUGACCGUCGUAGAUUGUGGGGCAGCGCCCGGCAGCUGGACUCAGGUCGCCACCAAUCUGACCAACGCUGGUGGUAAGAAGGAAGGUCCUGUUGGCAGAGUGUACGCUGUCGACAAACUCCCGUUUUAUCCUGUGGAAGGUGCAACCGUCUUGGGAAACAUGGAUUUCACGAACAUCAAAACGCAGGAGACUCUAAGCAAAUUAUUGCAGGGGGACAAGGUCGAUGUCGUCUUGUCCGACAUGGCUCCAAAUGCAUCCGGCGUAAGAGAGAUAGACCAUGAUAAUAUAAUGCUACUCGCUUAUGCUGCCUUGAGAUUCGCGUUACAAAUCAGUAAGGUACAAAGCACGUUCGUUGUAAAAAUCUGGGACGGUGGUAAGACGCAACAGUUUGAACAGAAUCUGUUAAAGUUUUACAAUAGUGUCAGGGCAAUUAGACCUGAUGCGACGAGGGACGAAUCGACUGAGACAUUCUUCUUGGCUAGGAGAUUUAAAGGUCUCAAGACGAGUUGAUGUAAUUGAUUAGUUCAUAGAUACAAUAGAUUUAUUCGCGUUGAAAUCUCCUAAACUUUUGCACUAACAAGAUAAAUAAACAACAUUAAUUUUAUUGUUAUAUAAAACGCUUUAUGGAUAAAAAUGUGUAUCAAUAAUAUUAUAUAUAUUGUCGCGAAAUUAAAUAUUUUUGUAAGCAACGCGAACGAAUUUAAUAUUUCAAUUGUAAGAUAUUUAAAAAGAAUAUGUUGGGCAGGUUGUACAAAUAAAAGAGCACGAUAAUUUUGUAUCAUACGGGCGUCGUAUGCGAUUCUUUUUUAUAACUCCUUUACUCCGUUAUCUAACAGGCGACCUCGCACAACACGACAAAUGCAAUAUACAUUGAUAUAUUUCGCUAUAAAUAAUACAAGAAGAUUUAAUACAC